GACCGCCUUGCAUGUGGCCGUCGUUUGGAGAUCUACAGAAGUUGUGAAAAUGAUGCUGGCAGCUUGGUCCAGCAGCCACCUCGGAGCCACACACCCUCUUCUUGAGCUACAGGACAUUACAGGGGACACCGCCUUACAUGUGGCUGUGAAGCAUGGGCACCUCGAAGUGGUCGAAAUGUUGCUCGCAGCUCGCACUGACGUUAAUCCAAGAGACGCCAAUGGACGAAAGCCCCUCGUAGACAUACAGAACAAAAACGGGAGAACGGCCUUGCACAAGGCGGCAUUUGGGUAUCAUGCGGAACAUGGGUAUUUAACAGAGAUGGUGGCAAUGCUGCUGGCUGCAGGGGCUAAUACGCAUCUUCAGGACAAGUGGGGCUACACUGCGCUUCACAUCGCCAUCAGAUCAAGCAAGGAGGAGAUUGCAGAAGUCAUCUGCGAUGCCGACGAUAGAAAUAUUCUUCGGAAUAACGAUGGGCACACCGUGUUGCAUUUUGCUGCGAAAUUUGGAAUGCAAACUAUUGCGAGAAAACUUCUGUCUUCGGGACCUCUUCGGAAAACUCAUCGUUCGGGAAAGGAAUCGACUUCGAAUGCGGCGGAAGGGGAAGGAAUUGCUCUCUCGGCGAGCAAGAAGGACCUGGUCGACGUACGGGACAGAUACGGAAUGACUGCGCUACACAUGGCUGCACAACGUGGCUUCACAAAGAUUGUUGAACUGCUGCUUGCAGCAGGGACAGAUCCCCUUCUUCAGACUAAAGAAGGCAAAACGGCCCUCCACGUCGCUUUCGAUUUGCACUGGGAGGACAUUGCGGAACUCUUAUGUGGUGUUGAAAAUGGAAACCACCUGCAGGAUCAAAACGGAAGGACCGCCUUGCAUUACGCUGCAAGUAGAAAAUACAAAGGUACUGUGAGAAACCUGCUGUUUAACGGCGAGCAUCCUCACACGACGGAUACCGUAGGAAGUUCUCCUCUGCAGUUGGCUUUCGUAGACAAAGGUGACAAUAGCGUGGCUGAGAUGAUCAUUUCUUUUAUUGCCUUGAAGGACAUUUCGGUGGAUUGGAAGGGUUGGAAGGCCCCUGCAGUCGAGAUCUGCAAGAAACGAAUGGAAGAAUGUUUUUCGGAGAUCCGACGAAUGAAAGAGACGAAAGUGCUCAGUCGCAAUAUCACCUAUUACGAUGUUGCGGCGAGGCAUGUGGGGAAGGUGGCCGACUAUCUGGAGAGCCGGGAGUUCCGGGAUGCGUUGCUCGGGGGUGGUUUUGCCCGGGACUUCCCCAAUUAUGCAGACUUCAUCGACUUCAAAGUGAAGAAGGCUGAAAGGAGGAGAAUCUUGAGGGCUCCCUGCCUGAAAUGCUUUGUAACGUUGUUCGGGAGUCUCCCUCCUUUGCCGGGAACGAUCCUGUACGACAUAUUAGCCUAUUUGAGUGAACGAGAUAUGCAGAACGUCCUCGCAGCUUUUAACUGUGAUGUGCCUGAUCGGAGGGCUUUUGAAGCUAGUGGAGCUGUCCUCUCAUAGCUUUGAUUAUGGCUUGGUCGCUUUAAAUAAGAAAGAGUUGUUUUCAUUCUGAAAAAAAAUAAUUGUCCUUAAUCCAUAAGACUGUGGCAAAAACUGGUUAUAACCGGUAAAAACUGGCAGAAACUUAAAAACAUCUUUAAUAACUCAAGUAAUUACUGAAAGAUAUCUGUUUACGUAAACUAAAGAAUUGAACUUCAUUUCAUAAUUUAAAAAAAUAAAAUACUGUGCUAGUAUCCGUGAUUUAGUUUGGAAAGGGAACUUUUCUAUUGUAGAUGCUCGUAAUAUUUGAAUUAAUCUAACAAAGGACGAAAAAUCAUAAGGAAAGAAGAGCGCAAUACAGAAUUAAACAGGCAUUACUGAUUGUAAUUUGCUCGCUUAUAUGUUUCAUCUGAAUUGCUUUGUGGUUGAAAUUAUCAUGAGUUUCAAGAAAAAAGUACCAGAGUUUUACUUGCCCAUAUUAGCAUAGAUUUUGUACCUAGUGUCAAAACUUUGCAGAACAAAUUGGCCCUAUUUCUCCAAACUUAUUUUUCCACUACAAUUAGAUGAAAGUUUCUCGAACAUUGCUUGUUCCUUGAUGCAUUGCCUGCUAGUUCUUCUGUUGCAAGAAUAUGCUAAAGUUUCUUAAUUACGGAUAUUAAAUCGAGAAAGUGUUUAGAUUUUAGAAACUAUCUUUUCUAAGAGGCAAAUGCAGGGGCCAAACAAUGUAACAUUUGAUUUUGCAUUGUGUGAAUAUUGUAAUUAAAUUGUGCUUUGGUAACAAAUUCAUUAUCUUUUUCAUGCAUUUUCUAUUGAGUGUCAAUAACCAACUUUUUUUUUUUGGUAUUUUGUGAGUUUUUGCCAGUUUCUGCCACAAAUGUGGCAGAAGUGUUUUUUUGCCAUGCCGGUUUUAACCGGUUUCUACCAGUGGUUUUAACUAGUGAUGUGCCGGAUCGUUAAAAAAGUAGAUCCGCGGAUACGGAACCGGAUCAUUAGUGUCAAGAUCCACGGAUAUGGAUACGGAUCUCAAAAUGUUUUUGCCCAAUUCAACUAUCCAAGUGUAAAAUUUGUUACGGAAGGUAUUCCCGUCAGAAUAAUGGCAGUUUCUUCGAAAAAUGUCAUCUGCGACGAAAAUAUAGUCAAGACUAUAAUUUACUCUUUAAAGUAAUCUCCGUAAAAAUUGAGGGAGAGCUGGAAGGAAUGGGUCAGCGAUGCAUGAAUGCUUAAAUAGAAUGUGAAAAAUUAUUCCUAGCUUGCUCGGAUGAUGUAGGAUACAGGAGCAAGGGUGGUAAAGCUGCUACUAGAUAGGUUAGAAAUAAUUUUUUGCAUUUUAUUUCAGCAUUAAUGCAGUGCUGACCCAUUCCACCCAACUUACUCCGACCGACGAAAUAACGAUGCCGGUAACACUUUUACAAACAGCAAAUAGAGUAUUUAGUUUCACUUUUUUUGAAGGAUGCUGAGAAAAACCAAAAUGAAGAAUAACAGAAACCCCAAAUCAAUAACAAAAACUAAUAUUAAAUUAAAUAUUAUAAAAAAAGAACCUCAUAUGAAGAUCAAUUUCGUGGGUCAGAACACACAUUUUUAACAAAUAUGAACUGACAGCAGAUAGAAAUUUUAAAUCAUUGAGCUUUUUCUCCUUAUUUUCCGACUAUGAAAUCGCUACCAAUCGUGCGUAUAAAGGCUCAGAAUUGCAGUUAACAUUUACUUAACAAGAUUAUAAUAGGUCUUACGAUAUCUUAUAAUUUAUGUAAAGAAUAAAACCUAAUUUAAAUGGAAUUUAAGUCUUUUAUUCAAAUAUUUAAGAAUAUUUAGAAUAGAAAAGAUCCGU